GUGAAGUCACAUACAUUGAGAACGAACGCAGCUCGGAGAUAUUAGUUGGUUACUUUUUGCCAAGGAACACUCUGCUCGCUGUUGCUUCUGAGCGCCGUCGUGCCCUUCGUUCAUGCGGAUAAGGCCUGCCGUAGCCCCAGUGAAUUCCAUACCAUAGCCCUCAAGCAAAUCCAAAAAUGGCUCAUACGUGCGUCUCCACCCAGGCAUCCUCUCUUAGAUUCAACCCUCUUUUUCUUUCGUCGAGCCCUAGUUCUUGUUCCGACACUCAGAAGCUUUCUUUCGCCUCGGAGCCUUUCAGGUCGAGCUUAUAUGACUUGCAGGAAAUUAAGAAAUUCGUAGGAAAUAAAAGGAAUACUCAAAGCUUUCCUGUGAAGGCGGUGUACGCUAAUGAUUUUUGGGCACCUCAGGGAAGUUCACGCCAGGGUAUUUGGUCCAUAAGAGAUGAUUUGCAAGUCCCAUCUUCUCCAUAUUUCCCUACUUAUGCGCAAGGACAAGGUCCGCCUCCCAUGGUGCAGGAGCGUUUUCAGAGUGUUAUAAGUCAGCUUUUUCAAUAUAGAAUAAUCCGUUGUGGUGGAGCAGUUGAUGAUGAUAUGGCUAAUAUCAUAGUUGCUCAGCUUCUUUACCUUGAUGCUGUCGAUCCUAGCAAGGAUAUUGUCAUGUAUGUAAAUUCUCCUGGAGGAUCAGUAACAGCCGGUAUGGCUAUAUUUGAUACAAUGAGACAUAUCCGACCUGAUGUGUCCACAGUUUGUGUUGGGCUAGCAGCUAGUAUGGGGGCUUUUCUCCUUAGCGCUGGGACUAAAGGGAAGAGAUACAGCUUGCCUAAUUCAAGGAUAAUGAUUCAUCAACCGCUUGGUGGAGCUCAAGGUGGCCAAACAGACAUAGAUAUUCAGGCAAAUGAAAUGCUGCAUCAUAAGGCAAACCUGAAUGGUUAUCUGUCGUAUCACACUGGCCAAAGUCUAGAAAAGAUUAACCAGGACACAGACAGGGAUUUCUUCAUGAGUGCAAAAGAAGCCAAAGAAUAUGGACUUAUCGAUGGUGUCAUAAUGAAUCCUCUCAAAGCUCUUCAGCCAUUAGCUGCUGCUGCAGAGGGCCUAGAUCAGGCUACCGUCUGAAUUUUGUUAUGCACCUUAAUGCGGACAAAUGUCUUAGUGUAAAAACUAGAACAAUUAUUUCGGCUGUUCGUUGCAUCUGCAUUGCUUAAUUUAUAUCACCGUUCAUAGCUUUCCAACUGUAUAAUAAGGUGGUGAAAAUUUUAUUUCCCGUUUUGCUUUAUGCGGAGAGACGCUGGAGCUAUAGAUUCACAGCAGGCGUUGUCCUUCAUGCAUUUUAAUUUUGCUAUGAUGAUUGGUCGUAUAUUAAGUGA